CACAGGUCGAUAUAGCCUUAUGAAGAGUGUGAACAAAACAACAAUCCAUAUCAAAUACUCUGAGAACCAAACAUACACAAUCAGGAUAAAGGAGAAGCAGAAUGAGAUCCGUGUCAUACAAAUAUUGAACCAAACUCCCUUUGAUAUACUGUUUGAUGGGUUAAAACCAUGCACUGUGUACAACGUCAGUGUAGAUGACUGCAAAUCCAAUGGAAGCAAGUCUUUUAUUUCUAGUGAAAAUGGAGAAACGGUUCCAAAAACUGUUGUGAAGAGUGUGGCAGAGAAUAAAGUGUGUUUGGAAGGACACUUCACUGGUAUUAAAUGGAAUCUGACUGAAUGUGUUAAAAUAACUGAGCACAACUCUUGCGCAUCCAAACACAGCAUUAAACUGGAGCAGUGUACCUACACAAUGAAUGUUGAAUUGCCCCCAGUCAAACCUAAAAUACGGUUCAAUGCAACUAUUCCCUCCAAGUUUGAAUGGACUAAUAAACCAGAAAAAUGUAACUCUACGCUUAAAGUCAGUUGCAUCCGUGACAAAUUGGAAAAAACUUAUUAUUAUUUAAAUGACAGUGUGUCAUUAUUACCCCAAAAAAUUUACAGCUGCACUGGGGAAUACCCUUAUGAGAAGCAACCUAUUAAGAGUGAUCCUCUCUCCAUUGAAAUAACAUGUGAUUUGGGAAAGAAUGCCAAUUUUACGAGUAUAUUGGACCGCUCCAUUAAUAUAUCCUGGAAUGCACCUGAAGAUGAUAACUGCUCAAAUAUUAUUUGGAACCAUUAUUUAGUCACUUGCAAACCUAAAGAUGAAAGAUCAACACAAGGGACUUGUGAAUCUGAAAAGGGGGACAGCACUCGUUGCACUAUUGGAUUUUUACACCCAUUUACCAUCUAUACAUGUGUAAUUACUGCAAAUCAUGAAGAUCAUCAGUACACCAUUUUCUCCAAAACUGUAAAAACAUCGUCUGCCAAUCCCAUAUUAAAACCAAUUACAGUACAAAAGACUUCUCACAAUUCUGUUCAAAUAAAAUGCUAUGAUAUCAUAAAUGACUGGAAUGGAGACCCUGACGUUUUUGGAGCCGUAAUCAAAUACAAUGGACAUCCUAUAAAGUAUGCUGAAAAAACAGAUUCUUGCCUGUUUUCAUUCUCAGAUCUUCACUACCUUACCACCUAUGAUAUUGAGGUUAAUGCCACAAAUAAACAAAGAAAUGUGACUGUCGUACAUAAAACCUUUACUACUAACUACAACGACAAGGCUGUCAUUGGAUUCCUGGUUUUCCUGAUUAUUGUGACAUCAAUUGCUCUGUUCUUGGUGCUGUUCAAAUUGUACCUUCUCAAAAGAAAGCGGAAUGCUGAAGAUGAACAGAUUCUCCUUACACCUGCACCCCUGCGCAGAGUUGAGCCCAUCCCUGCUGCCGGUUUAGUGGAGGCGUACAAGAACAAGAUCGCUGAUGAGGGCCGUCUGUUUAUGGAUGAGUUUCAGAGCAUUCCCCGGAUUUUCUCCAAUUACACCAUUAAAGAAGCGAAGAAACAGGACAACCAGUACAAGAACCGCUACGUUGACAUUCUGCCCUAUGAUUAUAAUCGGGUAACUCUCUCAACCGGAGGUGAAGACAACUACAUCAAUGCCAGCUUUAUCGAGGGAUAUCGAGAGGCAAAGAAAUACAUUGCAGCCCAAGGACCCAAGGAUGAGACGGUGGUUGAUUUCUGGCGGAUGGUUUGGGAGCAAAAGUCAUCCAUUAUUGUCAUGGUCACUCGUUGUGAGGAAGGAAACAAGAUCAAAUGCGCUCAGUACUGGCCAUCUCCGGACAGAGAGGCUGAGAUCUUUGAUGAAUUCGUAGUGCAACUCCGAUCUGAGGAACACUGCCCUGAUUACAUUAUUCGCCGUCUGAUCCUGACCAAUAAGCAAGAGAAGGCGUCAGAAAGAGAGGUCACUCAUAUCCAGUUCAUCAGCUGGCCGGACCAUGGUGUGCCAGGAGACCCCAGCCUGCUUCUGAAGCUCAGGAGAAGAGUCAACUCCUUCAAGAACUUCUUCAGUGGCCCGGUGGUGGUCCACUGCAGUGCAGGGGUCGGCCGCACAGGAACAUAUAUGGGCAUUGAUGCAAUGAUUGAAUCUCUUGAGGCAGAAGGCAGAGUGGACAUCUAUGGAUUCGUAGCAAAACUACGUCGCCAGCGUUGCCUCAUGGUUCAAGUGGAGACCCAGUACAUACUGAUCCACACGGCUCUGAUCGAGUACAAUCAGUUUGGAGAUACAGAGAUCUCUCUGUCUGAAUUCCACUCCGUGCUCAACACCCUCAGGCAGAAAAACGACAGUAACAAUAGUUUGCUUGAACUGGAGUUCCAGAAACUCCCUAAAUUUAAAAAAUGGAGAACAAUUAACACGGGAAGCAGUGAGGAGAACAAGAAGAAAAACCGCGACUCAGCUGUUAUCCCAUACGACUUUAACAGAGUCAUAUUUAGACUGGACAUUGAGGGCAACCAGACCAGUGACCCCGAGGAUGAGGACGAGUAUACAUCAGACGAGGAAGAUGAAUCAGACGAAUACAUCAACGCCUCAUACAUUGAUGGCUACUGGUGUAAUAAGAGUCUGAUCGCAGCACAGGGGCCUUUACCAAACACCGUGGAAGAGUUUCUGCUCAUGCUGUACCAGCAACAAACUAAAACACUGGUCAUGCUCACAGACUGCCAAGAGGACGGCAAGGACUUCUGUUUCCAGUAUUGGGGAGAUGAAAAGAAAACGUAUGGAGACAUGGAAAUUGAGGUAAAAAAGACCGAAAGCUUCCCAACGUACGUGAGACGGCAUCUGGAGAUACAGUCCUCGAAGAAGAAAGAGGUCCUGGAGAUGGAUCAGUACCAGUUCGUGAAAUGGAAAGGCUGUGAGCUUCCAGAAGACGCUCAGGAGUUGAUAGAGAUGGUACGGAUCAUCCGAGAGAACGGCAAAUACGACAACAGCAAGAUGAACCGGAAUGUGCCCAUAGUGGUGCACUGCCACAACGGCUCGUCCCGUACCGGAAUCUUCUGUGCCUUGUGGAAUCUCCUGGACAGCGCCUACACGGAGAAGCUGGUGGACGUCUUACAAGUGGUCAAAAACUUGCGCAAGAUGAGACAGGGGAUAGUGGAAACAAUCGAGCAGUAUCAGUUCCUCUACGCGGCUCUAGAGGGCGCUUUCCCGGUGCAGAACGGUGCCGUGAAGACGCCCCCCGCGAAGGACACCGCGCAGGUCAUCAACGAAACGACGGCGCUCCUCACCGAGCCCAACAGCACUUCCGGUGCUGACCAGAAGGAGGCGGGAGAGAGCAGUGAGCGGGAGGCCAAGGAGAGCAGCACUGCUGAGGCUCCACCAGCAGAGGGAGACCGAGAGAAACCCUCACCCGAGGCCCAGACCAACGGCCCUGCUGGAGACGAUUAAGACUUUUGGGGCUAAAAGUUUUUUUUGCUAUUUUGACACCAAGUGUCAAGGAAAAAGAGAUUUUUAUUACAUGUUUUACAUUUGAGGUUUACUGUACAUUGGAUGUUAGAUCAGCGUUUGUUUUUGGUUUUGUUUGGAGAAUUCGGGUUAGGAUCGCACUGAUCUGUUCAAACAUUUGUUUCACCCUCAGGUUUCGGUUUUCUGUAAAAUGAUGCUGUUCGUUUGCGUACUGAUCAUGUUUAUUCACGUGUAAAGGUUUGCUUUAUGAUUUGUUUUUUUAGUCUAUCGAAUUGCGUUUUGAAUGUAUUGUAAAAUAAGACCUUACCAACGAUAUUUCUGUUUUGUAAACUGUAUUAGAGAACAAUGUUAUUGCUUCUAAAUUAUAGUUUCUGAAAUGUUUGAUGGAAUUGAGGGCCUUUACGUUCAAGAACAACCAAAAAAAAGGGCAAAGAUGACUUUGCACUACAGGGCUGUCAUCAAACUAUCCCCCCAGCCUUUCGCUGAAUACUUAUUUCAUUUUAUGCAGGUGUAACUUAACAAAGAAGAAUAAAGGGUGGCUUGAACAAUACAA